GCGGCAGGGCUGUUUGUUCUGCUCUCCCGAAGCCGAGGAGCCGAAGAGGUGGCGGCGGCAGUUGCCGGCGGUGCCCGCGGGCGAGCGGGGCCUGUGAGCGCGGCGGAGCGGCAAGCGCGGCGGGCCGGCCCCGGCGCCGCGCGGGGUCCUGAGGCGGAGCGCCGGCCGGCUGGCCGGCCGGCGAAGACGGCGUGCGGCCUAGCGUCUCAGAUCUGUCUUUUAAAAUUGAGCCUCACAAUGAAGGUCAGAGGGUACCGUCACUGAGGAAAAGGACACCCCGUAAGCGCCAGCUCUUCAUCAAGAGUGCCCGGUGGAGAAUGUGAUGGGAUCGGUAGCAUGUCUGUGGAGAGCGGCCCUGGGACAAGAUUGAGGAAUCUGCCCGUGAUGGGGGAUGGACUAGAAACUACCCAGAUGUCCACGCCGCAGGCCCAGGCCCAGCCCCAGCCAACCGCCUCAGCCAGCGCCAACCCCCCGCCCCCUGAGACCUCCAACCCCAACAAGCCCAAGAGGCAGACCAACCAGCUGCAAUACCUGCUCAAAGUGGUGCUCAAGACACUAUGGAGACACCAGUUCGCGUGGCCUUUCCAGCAGCCCGUGGACGCCGUCAAGCUCAACCUCCCUGAUUACUACAAGAUCAUCAAGACACCCAUGGACAUGGGGACAAUAAAGAAGCGCUUGGAAAACAACUAUUACUGGAAUGCUCAGGAAUGUAUUCAGGACUUCAACACAAUGUUUACAAACUGUUACAUCUACAACAAGCCUGGAGAUGACAUCGUCUUAAUGGCUGAAGCUCUGGAGAAGCUCUUCUUGCAAAAAAUCAAUGAAUUGCCCACCGAAGAAACCGAGAUCAUGAUCGUCCAGGCGAAAGGACGAGGACGCGGAAGGAAAGAAGCAGGGAUGGCAAAGCCUGGCGUCUCCACGGUACCAAACACGGCGCCAGCAUCGACACCUCCGCAGACUCAGACCCCUCAGCAGAACCCGCCACCCGUGCAGGCCGCACCCCACACCUUCCCUACCGUCACCCCAGAUCUCAUCGUCCAGACGCCUGUCAUGACAGUGGUGCCACCCCAACCCCUGCAGGCGCCCCCACCAGUGCCACCUCAGCCACCUCCCCCACCUACGCCAGCCCCCCAGCCCAUGCAGAGCCACCCGCCCAUCAUCGCGGCCACCCCACAGCCCGUGAAGACAAAGAAGGGGGUGAAAAGGAAAGCAGACACCACCACCCCCACCACCAUUGACCCCAUCCAUGAGCCUCCCUCACUGCCUCCGGAGCCUAAGGCCACGAAGCUGGGCCCACGGCGGGAGAGUGGGCGGCCCGUGAAGCCCCCAAAGAAGGACGUCCCUGACUCACAGCAGCACCCGGCGCCUGACAAAAGCAGCAAGGUCUCAGAGCAGCUCAAGUGUUGCAGCGGCAUCCUCAAGGAGAUGUUCGCCAAGAAGCAUGCAGCCUAUGCCUGGCCCUUCUACAAGCCCGUGGAUGUGGAGGCACUGGGUCUGCAUGACUACUGUGACAUCAUCAAGCACCCCAUGGACAUGAGCACAAUCAAGUCUAAACUGGAGGCUCGUGAGUACCGUGAUGCUCAGGAAUUUGGUGCUGACGUCCGAUUGAUGUUCUCCAAUUGCUACAAGUACAACCCUCCCGACCAUGAGGUUGUGGCCAUGGCACGGAAACUCCAGGACGUGUUCGAGAUGCGCUUUGCCAAGAUGCCAGAUGAGCCCGAGGAGCCUGUGGUGGCCGUGUCCUCUCCAGCUGUGCCUCCUCCAACUAAGGUGGUAGCCCCGCCGUCAUCCAGCGACAGCAGCAGCGAUAGCUCCUCUGACAGUGACAGCUCCACCGACGACUCCGAGGAGGAGCGAGCCCAGCGCCUGGCCGAGCUCCAGGAGCAGCUCAAGGCCGUGCACGAGCAGCUUGCAGCCCUUUCACAGCCCCAGCAGAACAAGCCAAAGAAGAAGGAGAAAGAUAAGAAGGAAAAGAAGAAAGAGAAGCACAAAAAGAAAGAGGAAGUGGAGGAGACGAAGAAGAGCAAAGCCAAGGAACUCCCUCCGAAGAAGACCAAGAAGAACAACAGCAGCAACACCACCACCAGCAAGAAGGAGCUGGUGCCCAUGAAGAGCAAGCCACCACCAGCGUAUGAAUCAGAGGAGGAGGACCGCUGCAAGCCCAUGUCAUACGAGGAGAAGCGGCAGCUGAGCCUUGACAUCAACAAGCUGCCCGGUGAGAAGCUGGGCCGCGUGGUGCACAUCAUCCAGUCACGCGAGCCCUCACUCAAGAACUCCAACCCUGAUGAGAUCGAGAUCGACUUUGAGACCCUGAAGCCGUCCACGCUGCGCGAGCUGGAACGCUAUGUCACCUCUUGCCUGCGCAAGAAGAGGAAGCCCCAAGCAGAGAAGGUGGACGUGAUCGCCGGCUCCUCCAAGAUGAAGGGCUUCUCGUCCUCAGAGUCAGAGAGCACCAGCGAGUCCAGCUCCUCCGACAGCGAGGACUCCGAGACAGAGUUGGCUCCAAAGUUGAAGAAAAAGGGGCACCCCGGGCGGGAGCAGAAAAAGCACCACCACCACCACCACCAGAUGCAGCAGGCCCCUGCUCCCGUGCCCCAGCAGCCCCCGCCGCCAUCCCAGCAGCCCCCACCGCCGCCUCCGCCUCAACAGCAGCCGCCGCCCCCGCCGCCCCCACCCACCAUGCCACAGCAGGCAGCCCCGGCGCUCAAGGCCUCAACCCCGCCCUUCAUCGCUGCCCAGGUGCCCGUGCUGGAGCCCCCGCUCCCGGGCAGUGUCUUUGACCCCCUCGGUCACUUCACCCAGCCCAUUCUGCACCUGCCGCCACCCGAGCUGCCACCCCACCUGCCCCCGCCGCCCGAGCACAGCACUCCACCACACCUCAACCAGCACGCCGUGGUCUCCCCCCCAGCUUUGCACAACGCACUGCCCCAGCAGCCCUCGCGGCCCAGCAACCGUGCCGCUGCCCUGCCCCCCAAGCCGGCCCGGCCCCCAGCUGUCGCACCCACCCUGGCCCAGCCAGCCAUUCUCCCACAGCCACCCAUGGCCCAGCCCCCCCAGGUGCUGCUGGAGGAGGAGGAGCCACCUACCCCACCCCUCACCUCCAUGCAGAUGCAGCUGUACCUGCAGCAGCUGCAGAAGGUGCAGUCAUCCACCCCGCUACUCCCUUCCGUGAAGGUGCAGUCCCAGCCUCCGCCACCCCUGCCACCCCCAUCCCACCCAGCCGUGCAGCAGCAGCUGCAGCCCCCGCCACCACCCCCACCACAGCCACCCCAGCCGCAGCCACCCCCCCAGCCGCAGCAGCAUCCGCCGCCUCCGCGGCCUGUGCACCUGCAGCCUCUCCAGUUCCCUGCCCACAUCCAGCAGCCCCCACCACCCCCUGGCCAGCAGCCCCCCCACCCAGCCCCGGGCCAGCAGCCACCCCCACCGCCUCCCGCCAAGCCGCAACAGGUCAUCCAGCACCACCCCUCGCCCCGGCACCACAAAUCGGACCCCUACUCCACAGGUCACCUCCGCGAAGCCCCCUCCCCGCUUAUGAUACAUUCCCCCCAGAUGCCACCGUUCCAGACCCUCACCCACCAGUCCCCGCCCCAGCAGAACGUCCAACCUAAGAAGCAGGAGCUGCGCGCCGCCUCUGUGGUCCAGUCCCAGCCCCUGGUGGUGGUGAAGGAGGAGAAGAUGCACUCUCCGAUCGUCCGCAGUGAGCCCUUCAGUCCCGCGCUGCGGCCGGAGCCCCCCAAACACCCGGAGAACAUCAAGGCACCUGGCCACCUGCCCCAGCGUGAGUGUCCACUCCGGCCUUCCGCCCCGCCCUGCCCCCCAGGAAGACACUCUGGCCCAUGGGCUCCCUGUGUUCCAGGGCCAGAGCUGAAGCCCGUGGACACUGGGAGGCCCGUGGCCCGGCCCCCUGAGCAAAAUGCACCGCCGCCGGGGGCCUCUGACAAGGACAAGCAGAAACAGGAGCCCAAGACGCCAGUUGCUCCCAAAAAGGACCUGAAAAUUAAGAACAUGGGUUCCUGGGCAAGCCUGGUACAGAAGCAUCCGACUACCCCGUCCUCCACAGCCAAGUCUUCGAGCGACAGUUUCGAGCAGUUCCGCCGCGCUGCACGGGAGAAGGAAGAACGAGAGAAGGCCCUGAAGGCGCAGGCCGAGCACGCCGAGAAAGAGAAGGAGCGACUACGGCAGGAGCGCAUGAGGAGCCGUGAGGAUGAAGACGCACUGGAGCAGGCCCGACGUGCCCAUGAGGAGGCGCGCCGGCGCCAGGAACAGCAGCAACAGCAGCGGCAGGAACAGCAGCAGCAGCAGCAGGCAGCUGCUGUGGCCGCCGCUGCCCCCCAGGCCCAGAGCUCCCAGCCCCAGUCCAUGCUGGACCAGCAGCGGGAACUGGCCCGGAAGCGCGAGCAGGAGCGGAGGCGCCGGGAAGCGAUGGCAGCUACCAUUGACAUGAAUUUCCAGAGUGAUCUAUUGUCAAUAUUUGAAGAAAAUCUUUUCUGAGAACACCUAGGUGACUUCUGACUGAUUUUCUGGCAAAACGUCGACUCUCGUAGUGUUAGGGGUGGCGGCGGCAGCAGCAGCGUGGCGAGGUGGCGGCGGCGGCAGGGCGUCUCCUGGCCUGGCCCUCCUGCAUGCUUUGCCCGGGCAGGCCUGAGGGUAGUGAGGGCCACAGGGUCUGUCUGCCUUACCGCUGCCGGACACGCGGACACACGCAGAGCACGCCUCUCACGAGCACGAGCUGCUGGACCCCGGGCCACAGCCUCCUCGCCAAACGUCCGCAUCGUGUGCACAUGACACCGUUGCCACCACUGCAACCGUCUUCUGUCCUCGAGAAUGGGACACCAGGACGCCUUGCCUGCAGGAGUCCCUCCCACUCCGCCACACUACCUGGGAGCCCAGGGCAGGCCUGCAAGCUGGGGGUACUGGGUGCCACCCACCCCUGCCAGCACUGACUUUGCCUUGAACAGAGACCCCCCUCCCCUACGAGCCUUUAACCAAGAGCCGCUCUCUGUAAGUGUUUGCUUGUGCAAAAGGGAAUCGUGCCGUGGAGCCGCGUGUCCACGGCUACCGGAGCGUGGGGCCGCUUGCCCGCCUGGGGAGCAAGGCCACCAACCAAAGUCAGUUCCUUCCCACCUGUAUUUCUGUUUCUGUUUUUUUUUUCCCCCUAUAUAUAUAUUUUUUGUUGGAUUCUAUUUUAUUUUUAAUUCUCUCCUUCUCCAGACACAAUGGCACUGCUUAUCUCUGAAAUGGCGUGGCCGUCCCUCCGCGCAGCGGCCCCACGCAUUGUGGGUAGUAUGUGACCGUGGACGUGUUGUAUAGUGAACAUAGUUGGCAUAUAUUUGUUCGAAGUUUGUUGGUGACUCCACCAAACUUGGUGUAAAAAAAAAAAAAAACUCCACAAAAAACAAAACACACAAAACAAAAAAAAUUGCUUAUAUUUUACUCAGUUUCAAACUUUUAUUAGUCUAUUUUUUAAUUAUAAAACCAGAAAGCUGCAUUUUCUUUUCCUUUUGGUUUUUUUGUUGUUGUUUUGUUCUUUUCUUUCUGCCUUCGUUGGCUUCUUUUGUUUUUUAAGUCAAAUCUGUUUGCGUUGUUUUUUAUUGGGAAAGGCAGGGCCGGGGGCCAAGAUAGGCAGUGGGGCUGGAGCCACAGACUGAACCCCCGCCCGCCCCAGUGACUGCCCUUGCCCCCCCCCUUUUUUUUUUUAAUUUUACACUUGGAGCCCUCAGCGAAUUUCGCGUGCCAUGAGAUCCCACUCUACACCACGACGCUGGUGCCUCAGUGUUGGCCAAACUCUGGAGUCCCUGACUGGUCUGACUUUAAUACAGUGAAUAUGCAUCUGGCCUGUACUGAUCAUGGAAUAAACACAUCUCUCUUUUUUAA